AUGACGGGCCGCGAGGAGCUCUCGGAGGGCAAAGCCAAGGGAAGCGCGCUGGCGCCCAGCAGCGCCUGUGGCCACGAGAAGGCGCGCUUGGGGGGCCCGGCCGGCGGCGGCGGCUUGCGCUCCAAGGGCUUCGCCAUCACAGACCUCCUGGGCUUGGAGGCGGAGCUGCAGCCGCCAGCCUGCUCGAGUUGCGAAGGCGGCGGGCCAGCUGCGGGGCGAGGAGGAGGAGGAGGAGGAGGCCCUCCCUUGCCGCUGGGCUUGGGCUUCCUGUGCAGUUUUGCCACCCAGCAGCACGCGGGGGCGCCUCGUCUCCUGCCCGCGCACCUCCCCUUCCUCCAGCCUCGCUCGGAGCACCAGCACCAGCACCCCCGGUACGGGCCGGAAGCCGAGAAGCCCAAGUUGACCAUCUCCGAUGAAGAUAGUUUAUCAGGAGAAAAGAACAACCUGAAGACAUCUGACUCUCAGAUCAAGAGAAAGAAACGGCGGCACAGGACUGUGUUCACUGCCCAUCAGCUGGAGGAAUUGGAAAAGGCAUUUAAUGAAGCUCAUUACCCUGAUGUAUAUUCCAGAGAAAUGUUAGCAAUGAAAACUGAAUUGCCUGAGGAUAGAAUACAGGUUUGGUUUCAAAACCGAAGAGCCAAGUGGCGGAAGCGUGAGAAAUGUUGGGGCCGCAGUAGUGUGAUGGCCGAAUAUGGUCUCUACGGUGCCAUGGUGAGGCACUCCAUCCCACUUCCAGAAUCAAUUAUCAAUUCUGCCAAAAGUGGAAUGGUUGGUUCCUGUGCCCCUUGGCUGUUGGGAAUGCAUAAAAAAUCAAUAAAUAUUAUAAGAAAGCCUGAAAACGAGGAAAAAGGAAAUGGCAGCUGGAAAUCUGAAUAUCCUGAGGAGGAAUUCAAAAUUAAGCAGACAGAAUAUGAACAAAACCCCACUAAUAAAUUAAUCUCAAUGGACAGUUCAGAAGAUAUUGCAAUUGAUCUCUCUAGUACGGCAAAACAGGAAAAGAAGAUCAGCAAUCUGAGUUUUGGUGGGAGCCCACAGCCCAAAAUGAAAGAUGCUGAACACUAA